AUGCCGAUGUCUGAGAAGGAGGAGGGCCCUGAAGUUCCCACGACACACGCUGUAAAGGAGAAGGAGCUGGAGGAAGGAGAGGCUGUCCGCGUGCGAGGCCGAGGCUUAGGGACCGCGCCCAGACGGAGCGCGGAGUCCCGGGAGAUGAAGGAGGGAACCAGACGUGCUCAGCGGCGCCCGCGUCCGCCGACCACCGCCACCGGCGCUCGGAAACCGGCGCGGCCCAGCCCGGAGGAGGCGGAGGCGGCCCAGGGCGGCCGCGGCGGGGCGGGGAGCGCGCCAGUCGGCGGCGCGGCUUCAGAACAUUCUGGAAGGAGCCGGGGCGAGGCGGGGCAGGGACAGCGGCUGAGGCGCGAGGCCCGCCCGGCGCGCGGAGAGAAAAGCCGGCGCCGCCGCCUGCCCAGGGUCCAGCGUCCACUGGCCAGCAUGCUUUUCCUCACCUUGCUCCUGGCCAUGGCCCUGCCAGGUGGGGAAACCAACGUUUCCAUAUCUGAAAGACAAGAUCCUCUGCGGUGUCAUGCCUGUGAGGAAGAGAACGGAUUUGCUUGCGUCAAUCCGGUUGACUGUGAAACCCAGCAACGGUAUUGCACGAUUGCUGCCAUAAAAUUUUACCCGCGUUUCUUCCUCGUUUCGAAACAGUGUGCGCAGUACUGCUCAGUAAUUGCACGGCCUACCGAGGCUGCCAAGUCAUUUUUACUGGAAAAGCCUCUGCCCUUCCUGUAUGGCAUGUGUUGUAGUUCUCCCCUAUGCAACCAAAAUGGACCGGAGAUGAAUAAGUCAACGUUCAGAGAAUUCGCUGGGCGAGCCGCAGAGCACAGAGACAGCCGCACUGGGGCACUUCUUCUGGCGCUGGCCGCGGCGGGGGGCCUGGGCCUGCUGUGAGCCCAGAGCCCUGGCAAGCUGCCGGCUCUGGAACUGUCCCAUUAAACUUGUUGCACCUUGA